GCAGUCCCCCGCCUCCCCUCCCUCUCCUCCCUCGCUCUCUCUCUCUCUCUCUGACUCUCUCUCUCACAUAUGGCGUUCCUUCCGUCCCCUUGCCUCUCUAGGGUUCUAUUUUCUUCUGUAUCAGCAAGAUUGCUGAGCGAAUUGUUCGAUUUAUAGUUAAAAUUCUUCUUCUUGGGAUUAUUGUUCCCUUUUUUUUUUGGGAGAGACAGAGAGGGAGUCUGAAGAAAUGGCGAGUUGCGAGGAGAUGUUGAUGGGGAUCUUCGAUACGAGGAACCGGAUUGUGAGGCAGCUAAAGGAGCAGCAGCAGCUAUUCGACCAAGCCCUCCAUUCGUCGCUUCUUCUCAGAGGCAUCCAACCGCCGGCGUGGCUCUCCGGUGCCAGAGCCACGACGGUAACUGGGGAUCGCUGUCAUCCUGGGAGCAAAGAAGAUCUAGUUCCUGGUCUACUAAUCCCGCCACAUAAGCAGAUUGCCAACUCCUGUGUUGGUUGCUGCACUUAUAAUAAGUCAGAAGCUCUGUAUUCUAUAGGGACCCAUGAUUUUAAUAAAGAAUUCAAGACAGACAAUAUGUCAACAUUAAUGAAAGGAGAUAUUCGGGAACCUAAUGGCAAUGAGAUAUGCGGUGAUAGUCAAAAUGGUGACCCUCCACCCCAAACUGCUGCAAUGCCUUCUGAAGUUUGUAUUGCACCGGAUCGCUCCUUGGAGAAAAUUACACGGUCGAGAUCAAGGCAACGAGCAUUAGAGCAGCGUAACAGUGAAAAGAAAAGGGAAACUGAUGACAAGAAAGCUGCUGAAAACGAAAAUACAGGGAGAGUUGCAUCGUCCAGGUUUGCUUGUCAGCAGUCGAAUAUUGGGGUACGCUCAAUGGACCCAUUGAAAUAUCGCAAAGGUUUUGGAACUGAAAAGACAGUUCACCCUUUGAACUCCAAGGAGGUGUCAAUUCGUGACGACAAGAUAGGAUGUAGAAUUUUGGGUUAUGAAAGUUCUGCAAGGAAUAGAGCAACACAACAAAUGCAUGAUGGAAAUGUUUGCCCACCUUGUGGUUUAUCUUCAGUUGAAAUUGCAAAAGCUGCUGAAAGACAGCCGGUUUAUGGAAAUAUGUUGGCAAUUCAGCCCAAAGAGCUGAUGUUCGAUGAUAUGGAAGAUUGCAGUGUGAAGGAUAAACGUCCUGAUUUAGAUGAUGAGCAAAUCUUCGAAAGCGAGCGUCUUGAGAAAAACAAGAACAUGCAGCCAGAGUCGGCUAAUUUAGCGAACUUGGAAGACUUCUCUGAACAGAUACAGAGAGAAAUGGUCGUAUCUGGGGACGAUCUGUCAGCAAAUGAAAGCUCACAAAUUGGGAUGACCACCAUGGACGCUUCAGAAGGUAAUAUGAUGCAGGAUGUUUUAUCUUCAGCUGAGCAGUUGGCAGAGGUAAGGAAGUUGGUUGAUUCACUGAAUGUUCAGUCCCCAGAAGGUAGUAGUUGCUCUCAUCUUCAACAGGGAAUUGAUGAUACAAUGCCAAACAAAGAGGUUAGUGAUGUUACUCUCAGAAAAUCGACCAAUUCAUCUCGGGAACACAUAAAAAGCGAAAGAAAAGUCACUGACACAAAAAACAAAAGAGAAGUCACAGAAGGGGAUGUCUCAGAAGUUAACCUGGAUACCACUAGGUUUUCGUCGAGUGAUCAAUUGAAGAUCAGAAAGCUAUCAGAUUCAGCAAAUCUUCAACCUAGAGAACAAGGUGCCUCUGUUGGCACUCAGAGGAGGAUUACACGAUCAAUGUCAUCCUGUUUCCUCAAUGGAGGAGAAGAUACCCAAAGACAAACGGCUUCUGUCACUGGAAAUCAGAAUCGUGGAGCUUCUUCCUCACUUAAGCGGUUGCAGAAAGUAGAUGAGUUUGUGCAUUCAAACAGUUUGCAUGUUAGAGAUCUAGAUUAUUCUCUGAAGGAUAUGGUGAACGAAACCGUGGGAAUUGCCCUUUGUGGUACUGUAGAUAAGAGUGUUGCAGUCUUGAAUAUAUCGCCCAAGAAUUGCAAGACAGGAAGUAAGGCUUCUUACUUCCUGCGAAAUCGUUCUCUUACCCAUCAAAGAAAUGUUGAUGCGUCUCUUAUGGCGGGCAGUAAUGGAAGCAAGCCACGUCAUUCUUCUCAAAGCUUCAUGUUGAGUGAAAACCCCAUGGGAUAUGUUUGUAACCUCUCACGUCCAGCAUACUGGAUGCAACCAAAUAAUGAUAACCAACUGAAUCCUAAAGCUAUUACUGCACCAUCAAUGAUGGGAGGCAACCUGCAGACUCAAAAUGAGGAUGCUGAAUCUGCAAGUGGAAUUUCAGAAGCCAUAGUAGAAUCCCAUAAUGACACAUCUAAUCAAAUUCAUGCUGCGGAUUCGGAUUUGGAUGCUCGGUUUGAUGGUGUUGAAGCCCAUCAGUCUACGAAACAAUCUGAUAUAGAUCGAUUGCAAUCUUUGCCUUUGUCGCAAGCAGGCUGCUCUCCAAUUUUCUUACAAGAGGUUGAACAUGAUUUGAAGGACCAGUAUGCAUCAACACCUUCGGCAUUUCAGAAGACUUCGGUCGCUUCCCCACGUGGUUCUGAAUUUGAAGAGCAAGUAAAUGAAGCUUCUGAUCAUCCGUUAACGAACCAGCAAGGAUCAGAAAGGCUUGCUAUUACUGUUCUAGACAACAACAAGUGCUCGGAUCCGAAAGAUGAUCUGCAGCGACUUGGUGGGACUAAACCUCAAGUUAUGAGUGUGGAUUAUUCUGUGGAGGAGAAGGCUGGUUCUUGCGUGUCUGAUACGCAUCAUACAGGUGACACUGAACAAGACUUGGAGAAAAAACAGCCAUCUCAAGAAAAAGAAUUUGUUUCGCCAUCUUGUCCUGCAAGUCGGACCACUGUUUGCGAUUCUCUUGAUUACUCUGGUAAACAUUCAUCAACAUUUGGGGUUGACGACUCACUGCCAGUGUUCGAAGGAUUCAGUGUAGGUCUCCCUAUUUUUUGUGGAGAACCACCUGUCAUGGAAGGUAGUAAAUUGUAUGAUUAUUUGGAUUUUUCAAGUUUCAAAACAACUGCUGUUGAUGGUCCUCAGAUAUGCAAGUCGACCUCUUUUCUAACACCACGCUCAAAUGCCACUGCGAAGUAUAAGAUCCAUUCGACUCCAGACGUUUAUCAAUCCUUACCUAAUGGGCUUCUGGAACACAUGAGGGGCUCAUUCCUAUGUAAUGCUGAAGACCUUAAACAUGUUGGGACUACGGUAGGUGAAGAUGGCAUCCUUCAUGAGAUACGCUGCAUUUCAGGUUUGCAAUUGAUGGAUGGUUCCUUGAGGGGUUCUUACUGUGGCUCCACUUCGGGUUCAGAUGCUAAACUUCGGAAGGGUAUUAGGAGCCCCGCUGCCUCAACCCCUGCUACUGGAAAAUUUUCUGAGAGAACUCUCCUGAAAUCGAACAGCAGCAGUUCGGGAAAGCAAUUUAAAAACCCAGAACUUACGUGUUUCCGAAUUGAGGAAGAAGAGACUAAUAUGAACGAAGAAAACGGACACGUGGAUCUUGAUGAUGUUUCUGAAAUAUCUCCCAAACGGAACUGCUCGGGGAUGAAUAUGCCAGAGAACGCGCUUGCGGAUAUCAGCAUGUCGCACUGUGGCUCUUCAGAUAUUAAUGAUGAAGGCGAAACUUUCUUGCACAGCAACAGCACAAAUAGGGAUCACACGCAGACAGCUUUUGCCGGAAAAGAAAGUGGUGUGAGCGAAAGGCACAGUGAUGAGCGAAAAAAUGUCAUGGAUGAUAAAGAGAACCGUUAUCCUUCUUUUUCUGUUGGCAAGUUUGAAAAGGUUUCCAACUUUCUUCCCAAGAGGACCAGUAAGGCGAAAUUGUCGGGGAAUGUGGGAAGGGCGAACGGAAGUCAGGCUGUCAGCGGAAAGGAUAGGAAGCUGAACAAUAUCGUGGCCAACAUUUCAUCCUUCGUACCUCUUAUUCAACAAAAGAAGCCAGUUCCUGCCAAGAGAGAUGUAAAGGUCAAAGCCUUGGAAGCCGCUGAAGCAGCAAAGCGCCUUGAAGAGAAAAAGGAAAUUGAGCGGAAAAUGAGGAAAGAAGCUGCGAAGCUAGAAAGAGAGAAGCUGAUGCUAGAAAAUCUCAAACAAAUGGAAGAACAGAAAAGAAGGGAAGAGGAGAAAAAACAGAAAAGGAGGGCUGAUCUAGCAAAGCGACAGCAGAGGGAAGAGGAAGAGAAAAAAGAGAAGGAAAGGAAGCGCAAACUAAUUGAAGAAUCACGCAAACAGUUCAGAUUAGCUGAGGAGAAAGAACUGCAGCACAAAGUUGAUAAGGACGAAUUCAAGAGGAAAGAGGCGAAAAGACAGAAGGUAGAGAAAGGGCGAGAUGGAAUUGAACAAAUGAAAACCGCACUUUCAGGAACAGGGAUAGUAGGUGCUAGUGAUGCUGGGCCAUCUGAGCAUGUUCGUGGAGAAGGCGAAGCGGUUGCUGUUCUCCGUGACAAGUUAAUCGGCACCAAUACCCUUGCAAACGUAGACAAGGGUUGUUCAUCUGGCAUUGAAGAAACUGAAGAGAUGCAAUAUGAAAUGUCUCCAUAUAGAGGGUCUGAUGAUGAGGAGGAAGAAGAUGAUGACAUGGCUCGAAGAAAAUUUAUACCUUCCUGGGCUAGGAAAGAGAAUUUAAUUCCGGUUCUAUGUAGACAGCAACAUGUUGAUCCUGAUGUAAUUUUCCCCAGUAUAAAAGGGUGCAAUCUAAAUGAAGUUCUUGGAAGCACUAACUUCAGCAGGUAUCGUGAUCGAAACGGACGCGGUGAAAGUGGUUGUUGGUUGAACGAUAGCUUCACCCAGCAAGAAGAGUAUCAGUAUAAACUUAAAAUGGGAUACAUAAAGUUGUAAAUCUUCACCACUGACAUGGUUUCAUGCUUUGAAGCUACUGUCACUACCUCGUGUUGGGUAGGUAGCCCGCUCAUGUUGUACAGUCUGAUUUCAUUAUCUAAUGAAGAUCGUUGUAGAUCUUAUUUUUCCCGGAAA